GAAGAAUAAUAAGAAGGAUAGCAUAACACACGCAUAUAUAUAUAUAUAUUAAUGUACGUAUUUUUGUUGUCUAGGUAGAUAGAAUUCCCGUCCAACGAACGCGCUCCUCUCCUUUCACACGCACGCACCGUACAAGCAUAUUCUACUCUUUUCUUUUUUUUGCUAGUAUUAUUAUUCCGAAUAAUAUUAUUAUUCUCAAAGGCCAAAGCGUCGACUCUGUCUGUCUGUGUGUGUGUGUGUCUGCAAACCUUCUGUUUUUGUCUACUCGUUUUCAUCCUCAUUCAUUCAUACUUCACUCCUUACUAAUUGUGGCCUUUAUUUUUUCUUCCGGCAUUAAGUAUCUUUCUCACACCUACACACACACAUACACCCGCGUGGACGUCUGUCUUCGGCGCUGUCUCUCGUCUUCUCACCCCUUCUUUCGUCUCGUGCACACGCCAACCGAGUCAGACGAGACGGCGGCGGCGCUGCUCGAACCUCCUACCCCAGUUCCUUCACAAAAGAACACGAAUAAAAGGAACCGGAACAGGAACUAUGCACCAGACGUCCUCCGUCUUCUCGGAAGUUCCCGCUCCCGUCGCCGCCGCCGCAGCAGCAGCAGCAACGAACACCUCUCUCUAUGUCACCUCGACCUCUGUCGGGACUGCAUCGGUGAUGGUGGUGCUUGCGAUUUACGUGCUCGGCAUCUCUACCGUCCUCCUUGCGGUUCUCCAGCGUCGACGGACGAUGCAGCUCAAUAAACUGCAGGCGGCGGUCACGGCAGACCUCCUCGAGAAAGAGAGGGGGGCCGACUUGGGUUAUGCGCCACACAGGGCCGGAAACGUAAGUCCGCCUGUUUUCUCGUUGAGUCGCAUGGGUCAUCACUACCAGCUCGACGCCGGUCGCGCUGUCCGACGGAGCCUGGAAGCUUUUCGCACGCUCUCAAGCCUCGUGCAGUCCCGCAGCGACGACGAUACCGCGAGCCUCGCCAGCGAAGCGGACGGCGACGGCAACGAAGACGGUGAACGCGGAAGCGCGAGGGACGACGUCCUUCGCAGCAGCGGCGCGACACGGCGGUGGUCAAGCGGGAGGGCUCGAGGCAGCAACGGCAGCAGCGCCAGCGAUGCCGCAAUGCAGUCGCAACCGGCGCCGCGGCGAUCCGAGAAGUCGGGUGGUGGAAGAAGACGAAGUCCGCGCUGCGGUGGUGCCGAGGCGGCCGCGGUCGCCUGCGCGCUGCGGCUGGUGCGGCCGACGCCCCCACCGCUGGACGAGAACCGCGCUGAGACUUCACGGCACCACUGCCGUACCGAGUCCUUCUUGAAGCCGCAGCAUCAUCGUCAUCGUCAUCACCACCGCAGCUUGACCUCACCACUGCCGUCUUUCGGCGCUGCUCAUAUCACCUCUUCUGAAGAAGGUGGGCGUGGCCCGCAAGAGCGGGAGGCGGCGGAAGCGGUCUUCAGAACACCACUAGGGGAUGUCUUUGGUCAGGCGUUACAUGUCUGUGACAGUCCCCUCGCGCCUGCCCUUCACACCACGGCAGCCAGCCGGACCACGCUGGCAGCAUCGCUGUCGUCGUCAACCUCACGCGCGAGCGUGACGCAUACAAAGACGGAAUCGGAGCGGAGCAGCAGCGAUGACGACAACGAUAAGAAGAGGAAGGAGGUGGAGGCGGAGGAGAGAGGAGCGUGGGAUGUGGCGCUGAUCGAUAUGGGUCUCGCGUAUGAGGCGGACAACGAGGCAGAACACGGCGACGAGAGAAAAGGCGCUGUCAUGCAGCGGCAUCACGGAACGACCCUCGCGCCUUCCGCUUCGUUUGCCGGUUCUUCUCCUCAUUCAACAGCAACAACAGAGACGACGAUGGCAACCGACAAUCCGCGCCUCCCAUCACCGCCGUUAGAGGUAGUCGUGGUGAAUGAGUCGAUCGACAUGCGCGGGCCCUCCACCUUCGUCAACUCCUGCGAGGGCGAGACAACCACCCAUGUGGGCACCGCGCAGCGGCAGGGGAGCGGGCUGCUGAGUGUCUCACACUACCGGUGUCGUGGACCGAGUUCGCCGGAUCAACCCUGUGUGGGAGAAGACGAAAAAGCUGUUGACAACUCCCCUCUCUGUGUUCCGUGGGUGGAGAUGGCAGCAGAGGACGUAUCACGCAGUUCAAUCUCGACCAACGCGCUGUUGCCGUCCUCGCCGCGUCGAAUACCAACCGCCUCGGGAGUGCAUGCCAAUUCCCUAGUACAUCAUGAGAAUGGAGAGGAAGAAGGUGACGCCACCGAGGUGAAGGCGAUCGCCUCACCGCCACCCUGUAAACACCACGCUGCCGCUGUGAGUGUUGCCGCUGCAAAGCACCCGAAGGAGCAGAGUCGCAACGGCGACAGCAGCAAGAGCACGGACCGGAACAAGACGGACGAGGCACGCGCGACAGCGUUGCUAGAGUGGGUGCUACCUCUCACUCGUCGAUCCUCUCCUCCACAGCAGGCGACGGACUCGCCGACGGUGUUGCCGACCACAGCCACCACAGCCGCCGCCGCCGUCGCCAUCCUUACUGAUGCCUUUGUUUUGGCGACGGACAAGUCUCUCACCUUCACCGCGACGACAACCACCGCCAUGAACACCACUUCGAACAGCGCGGAGGAGAGCGCGAUGAGCAGCCUGGGCGCGACCCCGCUGACGGCAUCGCUGUCGCUUGAGCUGACGACGCAUGAGCUUUCGCCCUCCACGCGAAGCGACGAGCCAGAGGCGGAAGGAGAAGAAGCAAACGCCAGCAGCUACAACAACAGCGAUGGCCGUCAUUCAAAAGACGGCGCCCGUGGGCUGAGCACGCCCGUGCAUCCAUGUGGAGUCCGUAUCGACUAG